AUGAAACAAUUAUCCGUGGCCACAAAUGAGAACGCGCCGUAUAUGUCAGGUGUGAAGCGAUAUAUAAGUGAUAAAACACAAGCCAUUGAUGGCAUCGACGGACAGUUAUUGCGGACAUUAAGUCAAUGUUUCAAUUUUACGUACCGUUUGGUUGACUGUAACCGACAAUGGGGUAACAGAUUGCCUAAUAAUACAUGGGAUGGAUUAUAA